AGGACUUUCACCGUCUCGAGCGCGUCUUGGAGAACCCAUCGCCGUCUCCGCACCUAUUGGCGUUUUCGCAGUACGUGAAAUGCAUCACGUUCUCGAAGUCAAAGUGGCACAUGUCCCACGCAGUGGGUUGGCUCGAUGAGAAGCUCCCGCACUCGCUGGCAUGCUUUCACAAUGUUCGCACACUGCACCUCGUCAGCUGGGAUCCGCAGGACGUCAGCGACCGCGUGGUGGAGGAUCUCAUCGCGUUCUUCCCAAAGAUGACGACCUUGUACUUCGAGGAGGUGAGCCUCGACUCGGACCCUCGGCACCAUCUGCGCCUACUUCGUGGGUUCUCCUGUCUGGCGAGUGUAUCUGUCAUCGGCACCAUUCGGAGCCUACGGGCGGGGGUAUGAUGGAUCCAUCGGAUGAGGAGGAGUUGCAAGAUUCGGAGGUCCACUUAUGCGAGGAAGACGCCAUCCGACUCGAUGCGCUACAUCUGCAUCGUUCGCCGGACUGCUUGUUGAUUGCCGCAUGUCUAUUGCAGCAACCGUUCCAACUCUCCGUGCGCAAGCUCUCGUUAGAAUGGACGUACGUGAGAGCGUAUGCAGUCCCGUAUGCAGCGGCCCUCUUGCGCGCGACGGCGACUACUCUGGAGCAUCUUCGAGUGUCAUUCCAAGGUAUGCCAGCAAAUGUUCGUGCACUUAUUCCGGCAGCCCUCGAGCCAUUGCGCGACGCCGCACUCACGAGCCUCUACAUCGGUCGCUUAAAUCUACCUCCUCCGUGGCGCAUGAGCAGCAGUGAGUUCACAUGGGUGCCCGCACUGCUCACCCGCGUCGAGCCCGCGCGCCUCCGUUCCGUCAUCUUUGACCUCCGGUUAUUCUCGUCCGACAUUGACCCAUUGCCAUGGUCGGAGAUCGACACGCGACUGGCCCGACUGGCCCGUGCACGCCCACUGGGAUUGCGUGUGACGUUCGAGAUGUCGUGCGAUGGUCAUAUGCUCUUGGGCAAGGAGGUGACGGACGCCGUAUUGCAUCGCUUGCCUAUGCUGCGCACUUGCCCCAACGUUGCGGUGGAAGUGACCCGUCUCAUUGAUUGCUUUUAGUGUUUCUCGGCAUUUCGCUCGAGGUUCCGCUCGUGUGUAUGCUCCAAGUAAUAGCUGUCUGUACCGCUGAGCUGGCUAGUAUUCCCAC